AUGUCUAAAUCUUUCUCCGGCGCCAAGGCUAAUUAUGACACCCACAAUAAGGAGCUCCUGGCCAUAAUAAAGGCAUUAGAGGAAUGGCGGAUUUUCCUAGAGGCAACGGACAGACCAAUCCAGAAGGCACGCGCGCUGGCGAUCUUCCUGAGCAACUUCAACUUUGAGAUACAUAUUGCCCAGGAAAGCAAACCAGAAAUCAUGCUCCCAGCAGAGGUCUUUGCCAACACAAAUCCAAGGAAAACUGAAGGAAGACCCUCCCUGGAACCUAUCAUCCAGUUCCUGUCAGAAGACGCAGACAACGCACCCCUGUCCAUCUGCAAGGCGUAUAGGGAUUACAAUUGGAGGAAGAUCUACUCUGACUCGGAAAUCCUGAAAGAACGCUUGCUCAGAGAAUUCCAUGAUUCACCCUACAGGGCAUCCUGGACAACAAAGAACCUGGAGCUCCUGAGUUGCAACUACUGGUGGCCAGGGAUGAAGUCAUCUGCCAAAGAAUGGGUGGAAUGUUGUCCUACCUGCCAAGCCAAUUGCCGCGCCCAUGCCCCUGUCAUUGCCCUGAAGCCCUUAGAAGUUCCCCCCUUCCCGUUCCACACAAUAUCCUAUGACUUCAUUACAGGAUUUCCCAAAUCUAGCGGGCACACGCAAUCCUGGUGGUAA